CGGAAGGCAACAGCCCUCUUCUCCCUCCACCUGCGCUCAGAAGACACCGGCAUGCGAACCUCGACACGGAAGGACCCCGACGAUCGAGCAUGCGCUUACAAGCCAUAGCGACUGCUCGACGCAAAACGGAAGCCAAUUCCCAUCGACGGCGAGCCACACCGUCGGACGAAGACUCCUCGUCCGAAUCAUCCGACUCGAGCGACACAGACUAUACUAUAGAGCCGUCACCAAGUCCGACCAGGCCUAGAAGUCGCAGUUUAGGUAGUCGUGGUCAGCUCAUGUCCGCGCGCCGUCGUUUACGAUCUGAGGCGGUGAACGGUUUCUUGCAGCACUUGCGACCGGCGGCUACGCUUGCCAAAGGCCACAGUACCACGAAACCUGCAAGUCCUAUUGCCAUUACCCCGCCACGCUCGCGCACCCCAUCCAGUCAGGAGUCAGCGGAGGAGGAUGUAUCCGCCACCUUCACGGAAUGGCCACUCGCAAACGCCUCACUUAAGCGUGUGCUGGUGGGCGGUGUUCCCCAAUUCCAGCUACAAUUUCAAUGGGAUCCCAAUUGGGGCCAGCGGCCACACGCGCAUGCUCAGGCCAUCUCGGCCAGGAGACGGCGUGGAACGACAUCCCCAAGAAGUCUGGAAGGUCAAGAUCGGGCGAAGAGGAGGCAGACGCGCGGGUCGAGCUCGGGAAUGCCCUUCUCAGAGGAAGAAGACAGCUACCUUAUCCAACUGAAGGAAGAUGGACAGCUGCCCUGGCGUGGGAUCUAUGAACAGUUUGCGGCGCGGUACCCGGGACGGAGCAUCGCAUCGCUUCAGGUGCAUUAUUGUACGAAGCUCAAAAAGAGACCGUGAACUUGUAGCGUCGUCAUAAUUGAGCAUCGGUCGUGCCGACAAGAUAGAACACAUUUGUCGGUUUGGUGCAACACAAUUCCAGGCCGAGCCACAGGACGUUGCACGAGACAUGGCGCCCCCUCAUUUCUUCGACCCCAUGACUCGUGAUGUAUUGAUAAGUGGUGUAGCGCAGUGCCCAACACCCACCAGGCUGUGUUGGGGACCGAGAGAUUUC